AUGGUGGCAACCCAUAUCAAUGGACCAGCUCCAGCUAGUGUCCAGGCCAGUACAUUCGUCCAGUUACUGGAGCCGGAGUUACCUUGCAUACCUCGACACAAAAACCACAGUCCAUUAGAACCAAGAGCCACGCGCGUUGCUGUUCAGAAAGCCUGUCCCUCGGGCCCUUCACCUCCACAAGCUUCGCCUCCCCACUGUAGUAACAGUCAUGCAGCCGCCAGAGGAGCAAAUCAGGCAUGCCGCUUGACCAGCUUCGGUAGUCCUGCGCCAGGUGGCGGCAUAUGGACGCGAGGCAGGCCCCUCCUAUGCACUUCACGGCCGCCCGAAGGUCGGUCAACGAGUGCUUCUCCCAGUUGA